AUGGUGCUCUCCACUUCCUCCUCGACGGCCACCAUCCCCAACGUGGUGGCCACCCACCUCGUCGGCGAGCGCACCCUCCAGAUCGCACGCGGUCAGCUCACCCUCCAGCCCACCCCGCACGCCAUGGCCAAGGCGUCCGCCGCCGCUUCCCCAACGACCUCGCCAAACAAGAUGGGUGCCGAUGCCGCCCUCCCGUCCCAUCAUGGCCAGACCGACGCCAGCAUCGACCCCAACCUGCCCAUCCUCCUCCUCUCGGUGGGCAACGCCACCUGGCCCCUCUACCCGAGCACCCUCUUUGGCACCCACGACAAGGACGAGACCCUCUACACCUUCCUCGCCGAAAUGGCGCCCCCAGAGGACCUAGAGGACAGCGGCGCCGUCGGAGCUGCCGCCACAGAGCAGCAAAAGGACGCAGUCAUGCAGCCUUCCGACGCAGUGCCCGCCGGUGGUCAGCAAUCAGCUGGCCCAGGUGCAGCAGCAUCGAGCGAGGCCGCCCUGCCCGCGACUAAGGCCAGCUCCUCCGCCACCUGGAUCCGCCUCACGCUCCCUGCCGCCGUCUGCGCGUACAAGUCGCCUGUCCAGACAGGCAGGGACAAGAUGGAGCAGAUGCUCAUCAAGCACGGCCUCCUCAAGGACGGCUUCGCCGCCGCCGCCGACGAAAUCGCAAAGAGCGCCCAGCAGUCGGGCCAGCAGUCUGCCGACCAGAUCCGCGGUCGCACAGAGAGCUACCUCGCCUCGAACCCCGCCACCGCCUUUCCAGCCUCGUUCUCCAGCACCACCCGGAGAGCCGCUUCCGGGGCGGCUGCGGGUACCGCCACUGCCGCUUCGUACACCCACGCCGCUUCCGAGGCCAUCUCGGAUCUGGCCCACAGCGCCGGUGCGGCGGUCGGCAAGGCUUUCGCUUGGACGCGCAGAGCAUCGCACGACCACAGUGCAUCAACCUCAUCUGCCGGCGACGAAGAGGCGGCAGCGGGAGGCGGAGCGGCCGCUGGAGCCGGAGCGGGGGCGGGAGGUGGCGCCCGUGUCGAACGUCGCCCCUCGACCGGCCGACGCAUCUCGCUAGAACGAUUCGGCUUUGGACGAUCCAAGAGCCCCAACCCGCACAGCGCAGCCGCGACGGCCUCGCCUCCUCCGGCGCCUUCGUCUCAGCAACAGCCGCAGCAGCAGCAGCAGCAGCAGCAGGAGCCGCACCGACCGCCGACGCUGCACACGUCAAACCCAAACUCGCAGCUCUCGACAAUCCAGUCGCUCGGAGAGGCCGCCGAGGGUAUAGCCGCCGGCACCAUGGCCACCGGAUCGGCCACGCUCGAGUCGAUGCACAAGGUCAUCGAGCACGACCACGGCCCGCAGGCGGCCGCCGUGGCGGGCGAUGCCGGAGCCGCCGCCGCCAACACUGCCCAGGUCGGCUGGGACGCCACCGUGCUCACCUCGACCGUCGCGCACGGCACCAUGGCCGGAAAGGGCGCCUACGACCACGCGGGCAAGCCCUAG